UCACGGGCAGCAGUGUAUUUCUGACAGGGAGAGGAGUCGAGAAGAUGAGGCACUUUCUUCCCUUCCUGUUGUUGCUGCUCCAGCUAUGCAGCUGUGACGGUUUCCUGAAGCCAGAGCUGGAGGAGGUCGUCCCCUCUCUGGACGCCCACAGCACCGCCUCCCCCCGGGAGAUGGACCCCGGGCCGGGGGUCCCCGAGGGGCCCCCGCUGUUUGGGGAGAACGUGAACCUCCAGUGGGUGACCUGGGAAGGGGUCCUCCCCAAUGGCACGGUGAGCAUCUUCAACGACUACGCUGGGCGAACGGACUACGUGUGUAAAGUCAACUGCGAGGCGGGCUUCUACAACCCCAGCAUGGGGAACUUCUGCCUGUACCCCUACUCCGACCAGGAGUACACCUCCACCAAGUUCCAGGUCCUGGUCAACGUGGACCACUUUGAGUUCCUGGAGUGGAAGGAGGACUCGUACGGUUCCGUCCCUCAGCAUGCCAUUCGGACCUGCCACGGGGUGGACAUCUUCGUGGGAAAGAACAAGUACGGUCUGGGCAAGGUGGUGAGCCUGCACGAGGCCUUCUUCCUGCCCUGGGAGGGGGACGAGUACUGGUACAAGAAGUACCAGGUGCUGAGCAUCAACCGGGACGCCUACAGCCAGCACAUCUCCCACGUGCGCUACGCCAUCGACCAGAUGGAGCUCUUCCACCACCCCCCCGAGGCACUGCAGCUGGCCAAGGUCACAAACCUGGAGUGCACCAGUGUGGAGAAGAGAGUGUCCCUUGAGAAGAGCAGCAGCACCCGGAAGACCUGGGACAUCGGCCGUCAGACGCGCAACGGAUCUGUGUCCACCAUGAAGGCCCAGGUGCCCCUGCUGGGCCCCGGCACGCUGGACUUCACCAAGGAGCAGACGGUGAGCUUCUCUGAGGGCACUAGCCUGGAGGAGACCCUGGACCACGAGGUGGCGGUGGAGCUGCUGGUGCCUCCCAACCACUCGUGCACCGUGAGGAUGGAGGGCCGCAAGAUGACCGCCGACCUGCCCUUCACGGCGCGACUGAGCCGCACUAACCCCCGCGGGGAGACGCGCUGGACCUCGGUCACGGGCACCUACGACGGCGUGCAGGUGGGCGAGAUCAGCGCGGUGGUGGAGCGGUGCCAGCUGGUUGCCGAUGUGGUGCCCUGCGCCCCCCAUCCGCAGUGAGGCGCCCCCAGGGAUUUGUCAGCAUCGUCGUUAAAGCCACGAGUUAAAUCUAAAUAAAGCU